UGCUAAAUUAUGUGAGCAACAAUUCCAAGUAAUUGCAAAAACAGUAAUUAAUAUAUGGAAAGAAGAAAGGCAUGACAAAUAUGAAUGCACAAAUCUUAUAGCUUAUAUGAGACAAUUUCAUGAAAAAAAAAGUAAAUUUAAUUUGCCAUAUAGUUUUGAAACAGAUACACCUUUAUUAUAG